UUAUACACUUCUUGUCUCUCUCCGUCGCAGCCUAAACCAGACCCUCUCUAUCUUCGUCUUCUUCGUCGUCUCAAUUAUUUUUGCUAACAGUUUUCUUUGCAGUAAACCCUUACAACAACAUAGAAUGGGAGAAGUUAAAGACACUGAGUAUGAGGAGGAACUUCUCGAUUACGAAGAAGACGAAGAAAAAGCACCAGAUUCUAUCGGUGCUAAGACUAAUGGAGAAACCGUCAAGAAGGGAUACGUUGGAAUUCACAGCUCUGGAUUUAGAGAUUUUCUUUUAAAGCCGGAACUACUUAGAGCUAUUGUUGAUUCUGGAUUUGAACAUCCUUCUGAAGUGCAACAUGAGUGUAUCCCUCAAGCUAUUUUGGGAAUGGAUGUUAUUUGCCAAGCCAAAUCUGGGAUGGGAAAGACUGCCGUUUUUGUUUUAUCUACACUUCAGCAAAUUGAGCCUGUUGCAGGACAAGUGGCUGCACUUGUUUUGUGCCAUACAAGAGAGUUAGCUUACCAGAUCUGUCACGAGUUUGAGAGGUUCAGUACAUACUUAACUGACAUCAAGGUUGCUGUCUUUUAUGGUGGGGUUCACAUCAAAAGCCAUAAGGAUUUACUUAAAAAUGAGUGUCCUCAUAUUGUCGUUGGAACUCCUGGGAGGAUACUAGCAUUGGCAAGAGACAAGGACCUUGCUUUGAAGAAUGUGAGACACUUCAUCCUUGAUGAAUGUGACAAGAUGCUGGAAUCGCUUGACAUGCGAAAGGAUGUGCAGGAGAUAUUUAAGAUGACACCUCAUGAUAAGCAAGUAAUGAUGUUUUCAGCAACUCUCAGCAAAGAGAUUCGCCCUGUUUGCAAGAAAUUUAUGCAAGAUCCAAUGGAAAUCUAUGUGGAUGAUGAGGCCAAGCUGACAUUGCAUGGUCUUGUUCAGCACUACAUUAAAUUGAGCGAGUUGGAGAAAAAUCGCAAGUUGAAUGACCUCCUUGAUGCAUUGGACUUCAACCAAGUUGUUAUUUUCGUCAAAAGUGUGAGCAGAGCAGCUGAGUUGAACAAAUUACUGGUGGAAUGUAACUUCCCUUCUAUUUGCAUUCACUCUGGGAUGUCCCAAGAAGAAAGGUUAACACGUUACAAGGGUUUCAAGGAAGGUCACAAAAGAAUUCUUGUUGCAACUGAUCUGGUUGGCAGAGGGAUAGAUAUUGAGCGUGUUAACAUUGUAAUUAACUAUGACAUGCCAGACUCUGCUGAUACCUACUUGCACAGGGUUGGUAGAGCUGGUCGAUUUGGUACCAAGGGACUUGCAAUUACAUUUGUAGCUUCUGCUUCUGACUCGGAUGUUCUUAAUCAGGUGCAAGAAAGGUUUGAGGUCGACAUAAAGGAGCUUCCUGAGCAAAUUGACACCUCUACAUACAUGCCAUCAUAGGGAGGGACUUGCUGUAUUUUUCUCAGCAUGCUUUGCACUCAGAAAUCCCUUGCUGAUUUGCUCCCCUGAAUCCACCUGGAAAAGUCUGUCCUCCAUGUUUAGAAACUAGACCAUACGAGGAAUCAUGAUUAGUGCAUGAAAAUGCAGGGGGGUUCCAUCAGCAAGCUAUAAUGUUUCUUUCGUUUUUUUUGAGGUCUUUGUCUGCACUGAAUUAAUUAAGUCGUUUAUUUGGAAUGCAUAUGUUUUCUUGCAUCAGUGAAGUUUGUAACUUCUUUUUGGGAUUUGGCUAGGGCAGUUUAUAAAUAGGUGGAAUUAGAGAGCAGUUCUAAAAUGGGGAUUUCAGGACCAUUAUAUUGCUAUUUUCUACAUAACAGCCAAGCUUUUCGUUGGCGUCUUCAACAGCCAAGCUGCCAUUUUCUGCUGCUGCUUUAAUUCUGAAGUAAUAGAAUUGUAUGUUAUUCAACUGGGGGCACUGGCAUUUAGGCCAAUACCAGGCUAUUACUUUGUUGAGGAUUGAAUCCGUUGUUAUUUACAUGGGAUCUGUAUUUGCAUUCUUGGAA